AACAAUUGUUUGAACCAAUAAAAUGUUAGGAUACAUUUGUUGAUUAACCAUUUUGCCUCACGAAAUUAUUACCGCCACAACAGUAUAUCCUAACCUAUCAACGAAUAUUCGAUGACAGCUGACAUCAGCGAGUUAUUCGAUCAUAGACAAAGUAAUACUAGACUGCACUUUCAAUAAAAUUAGUGUUCCAAUAUUGAAAUAAUAUACAAAGUUACGGUAGAACUAUCUCUAUAAAGAGUUCCUUUUAAUUUCUUAUAUCGUACUCUUUCCACCGUUAUAUUUUAUUACUCCCUUAUCUCGGUUCAUUGUGCGGUGACAGUGGAACAAAGAUAGUUCUAACUUAGACCCAUAGAUCAACCACAUCUUAAACCCAUGAUGUAAAGACUACAAAGUGUGUUCUUCCCGAGGGCUCAUUUUCGAUUCGUUCCGCGCAUCUCUUUGGGAAUAAAUUCUCAUUGGCUGUUUCCCAGCUGGUACGUAAUAGCACACAUUGUAGUUUUUACAUCAUGUAUUCAACUCAAAUGUUUCAAAUUGACUCGUCGUUUUGGGAGCGAAUUCUCAUUGGCUACUUCCCAGCUGGUGCGCAAUAGCACAUAUUGUAUUGUAGUCUUUACAUCAUGCUUAGACCAGAAGCUGUUUCUUUCUAAACUAGGAACAUUUUUUCUAUAUAGAAAUUAUAUACCCUGGUAUGUUCUGUGUAUUCAGUGGUCUAGAAUUACUACGUCUAUGUAUUCGCUGCAUGAAAACACCUCUUAACAAUUAGGUCCGAAAAAACAGUAGUAACAUAACCAACACAAAAUGGUUUAUUAAACAAGAUACAAAAAUGUUGAAGAGUGUUUCUGAAGUUAUUAAAGAGCGUGAAGAUUUUCUCCAUCAUCUAAAUAACGAUAUCAAUAAAUAUGAUCAGAAUAUUCAAGAAUUAACUAAAGAACAAGAAAACUUAGAUACCUUAAUAACAAAUUUAAAAUCACUUAAAACAUAUCCAGAACACGAAGCCUUAAUUCCGUUAGGUAAAAAUAUUUAUAUGAAAGGUAAAAUUGUUCAUACUGGGGAAUUCUACAUCAAGAAAACAGCUUAUCCGAAUCCAUUAGUUUUGCUACAAUCAGCUGAUAGAACUAUAUCUUGUUUUGAAGAAGAAAAAAAGGAUAAAGAAAAUGAAAUCGAUAAAGCCGAGUAUGCUAAAUUUCAAAUAGAGGAAAGAAUAAGAUUGUUAAAAGGUGAAGAAACAUUUAAUGAUAAUAGUGAUUUGCCCAAGGAAAUUAAAUCUAACAGAGGUGUCGCUGUGAGGGUUGGUGAUUAUUAUGAGAUAUUGGAGUUUGAAUAGUAAUAUCUUAUGAAUAGAUUUAUAUAAUCAUAAAGGACCUCGGAGAGAAGAGUAUAGAAAA